AUGGCCAAUAUCCUCCAACAAAUCCUUGGAGAAUGCCAACCUUCGCCAACCCAGAUCAAUCUCAACGUGAUAACCUCAUCAACCAUACUCCAUAAAUACGGCUCCGACACCCCCUUCACGCUUACCCUCGAGGCGACCCUUCCGGACUCCACGAAUACGCCUAAUAAGCCUCUCACCAUCCUUACAUUUGGCACUCUGCUGGAGCCUAACGGCAAUGCCCUCUACGAAAAUGGUAUAGACUUCAUCAAUAGCAACACAGGCGCCCAGGCAAAGCGUCCCAGCCUGACCGCACAUUAUGAUUUCGGCGAUAAGUCUAAUAUCCCUAUCGAUCCCCAGUAUGAACAAUAUUUCGCCACCCUGGAGCCCGGUGUGCCGUACCGGGUGACGCACACCAUGAAACCCUGUCCCAGACCUCCGCAAGAAGGUGGAUCCAACACCGGGGCAGAUAGAACUCCACUGGGGGAAGGCGAAGCAAUGGAGGCUGAAGCUAUGGUUCUCGCGGCAUUUUCGCCUGUCACGCCCUUGGAUGUGGGGGCCACAUACCGGGUAGAGCUAGGGGAUAAGUUGAACUGGAUUUCCUGGUAUCGAUAUGGAUCAAAAGAGGAGGUGCUAAAGAUCAGGUCUGCUGAAGGCCUGGUGCAGAGGAUGAUGGGGACCAAGAGGCAUUCUGAGCGGGUGGGCGACAAUAAGAUGCAGGCAAUUCCGCUUGUGAUGCAGGGCUCUGCGGGCUUUAGGGUUGAGGAUUAG